AUGCGACCGUUACUGUGCGUAUUACGCGUAGGGUGGUCCGCCUUGUUUGCUGGCGAGAGGGGGGCGACGGCCGACGACGUGAUUCAUUUCUUAGCGGAGGCAGCACCUGAGGCUACGUCACGGCUCAUCAGGGCUGGCCUAGCCACUGCGACCCACCAUAGCUCUGGUGAUGGGACCCAAGGGCCUCAUCAGCCGCCUGCUCGACUCCAGACCUGCAUUGCCUGCCCCACUCCCCCUCCUCUCUUCCCACUCUCCUCCCCCCAGUGCCCCACGAUAGCGCUGGUGAUGGGUCCCAAGGGUCUCAUCAGCCUACCCCACCAUAGCGCUGCGCCCCACCAUAGGAGCCCCACCAUAGCGUUGGUCAUGGGUCUCAAGGGUCUCAUCAGCCGCCUCCUCGCACCCAAACUCAUCGGGGUCUGUCCUGCAUUCGCGCUGGACAUUGGGCCCAAGGGCCUCAUCAGCCGUAAUGCACAGCGCGCUGCUCUUAGCGGCACUACGAACGAUGGUGGGGUGGAGAAUGCUACGGCUUCAUCUCAUCCUUCCGCGCCUCCUUUGCCCGUCGGGGGUGGUGGUGAUGGCGAAGGCAUACUCUCUACUUCUUCCGUGCCUACUCUGCCCGUCGGGGGUGGUGGUGAUGUCGAAGGCAUGCCCUCUACUCCUUCCGUGCCUCCUUUGCCUGCGGGGGUGUUGUUCAUGGACAUACCGUCUCGGAAGAUCUUCUACUAUGUAACAACACGUAAAGGGGUGGAUGAUAAAUCGUCGGUGCGAUUGGAGCGGAUGGCAUUCGACAGAGGGGUUGAUGAGUUGAAGCUGUUGGGGUUCGAUGUGAAGGGCAUCAUCUCGGAUCAAGGGACCACGUUUAGAGGCGCUGCGGUAGAGCUAAAGCUGGAUCAUCAGGUGGAUUGGUGGCACGUGAAGAGGACGCUGUACAAUCUCUUCUGCAAGGAGCUUCAGGAUCAGGUGCGGAUGGCUGUGGAGGUGGACAAGGCUAGCUGUGUCGAGGAGCUAUGGUUGGCUAAGGGCACCGGGGCCGCGGUUAGGGGCGGCAGGUCGAGAGGGGCCAUGGCUAGGGGCGACGAGGCCAUGGCUAGGAACAGGGCCGGGCGCUGGGCAGGUACGGGGCCGGGCGCUGGGCAGGUACGGGGCCGGGCACUGGGCAGGAACGGGGCCGGGCGCUGGGCAGGUACAGGGCCGGGCGCUGGGCAGGUAUGGGGCCGGGCGCUGGGCAGGUACGGGGCCGGGCUCUGGGCAGGUACGGGGCCGGGCGUUGGGCAGGUAUGGGGCCGGGCGCUGGGCAGGUACGGGGCUGGGGCGCGGGCUAAGUACGGGGCCGGGCGCGGGCGUUAUACGGGCCGGGCGCGGGCUAGGUACGAGGCCAGGCGCUGGCGACAGACGGAGCCGGGCGCGGGCUAG